AAACUUAAAAGAGUUAAUUUAGGGGGUCACGAACGCAUCGCGCGAAUUAUGUCAACUCUUGGAAGGAAAGCAAGUGUUGCUCGGUAUAAUCGAGACUCAUUGAUAUCUGAUGACUUGAUACAAUCAAUAAACCCUGAAGUAUACCAACGCAAAUAUGUUUUCGAAGUGGCUUGGGAGGUGGUCAAUAAAGGUCAAAGUUUUGUCAGUAUUACUUUUCUUAAGUUUUAUUUCUAACCUUAUCAAAAUGACUUCAUUGAGUAUCACUUUUUUCUUCUAGUUGGUGGAAUAUAUACUGUCAUCCGUACUAAGGCUGCAUCUGCUGUAGAGGAGUUGGGUGACCGUUAUAUUUUAUUUGGCCCACUUAAUGAAGUAUGCAUGAGGACUGAAGUAGAUGUUGCAGAGCCAACAAAUGAGGCAUUGAAGCGUACUGUUAAAGCCAUGCGUGAGCAUGGCACAAAAGUAGUUUUUGGUCGGUGGCUUAUUGAGGGCUAUCCCAACGUUGUUCUGUUUGACAUAGGAUCAUCAGCUUGGCGCAUCGAUUCUUGGAAGAAAGAACUGUGGGAAUCUUGUAAUAUUGGGAUUCCGGUCCAUGAUACUGAGUGUAAUGAUGCCGUCAUCUUUGGAGCACUUGUUGCCUGGUUUUUGAAAGAAUUUGCUGAAAAUGUCAGAGAACUAGAAACUGACCCUCAACCACCAAUUAUUGCACACUUUCAUGAGUGGCUUACAAGCAUUGGUUUAGUAUUUACGCGUAUACGUCACCUUCCUGUUGCUACUGUGUUCACUACACAUGCAACACUUUUGGGUCGUUACUUGUGUGCUUCCUCUGUUGAUUUAUAUAACCAUCUUUCGGAUUUUGAUCUAGAUAAGGAAGCUGGCGAUCGAAAUAUUUAUCAUCGUUAUUGUCUUGAACGUGCGGCCGUUCAUUGUGCACACGUAUUUACAACUGUAAGUAAAAUUACCGGCUUGGAAAGUAAGUUUCUUUUGCGAAGAGAACCAGACAUCAUCACUCCAAAUGGUCUUAAUGUUAUUAAAUUUGCUGCACUUCAUGAAUUUCAAAAUCGUCAUGCAUUGGCUAAAGAAAAGCUGAAUCAAUUUAUUCAAGGACAUUUUUAUGGGUUAGUUGAUGGUCUUCAUAACUGAUAAAUAAGCUUUGUUGAUUUUUAAAGAUUUUUCUGAACCAAAUCAUAAUAUUUGUUUUUUUCAGACAUUAUGAUUUUGAUUUGGACAAAACAUUGUAUUUUUUCAUUGCUGGACGUUACGAAUUCCAGAAUAAAGGAGCUGAUAUAUUUAUCGAGUCACUGGCUCGUCUUAAUCAUCAUUUAAAACAAGCACAAACUGAUGUCACUGUCGUAGCGUUCCUCAUUUUUCCAGCUCAUACGAAUAGUUUUAACGUGGAUUCGUUUCGUGCACAAGCUAUUGUAAAACAACUACGUGAAACAGUGAAUUCAAUUCAAAGUGAAAUGGGACAUAGGUUAUUUGAAGUGUGUCUUCGAGGGCUUAUUCCUCAAGGAUCUGAUAUACUUACUCAGGGUGAUGUAUUUCGUCUUAAACGUUGUAUAUAUGCAACACAACGAAAUAAUUUGCCCCCUAUUUGUACACACAAUGUUGUUCAAGAUAAUAUCGACCUAGUUCUGUGUAACUUACGCCGGUGUCAGUUAUUUAAUGAUCGUCAUGAUCGUGUUAAAGUUAUUUUCCAUCCUGAAUUCUUAAGUUCUACCAAUCCACUACUACCGAUGGAUUAUGAAGAAUUUGUUCGAGGCUGUCAUUUAGGUGUUUUCCCAUCAUAUUAUGAACCAUGGGGUUAUACACCAGCUGAAUGCACCGUAAUGGGUAUUCCAUCAGUAACAACAAAUCUUUCUGGAUUUGGCUGCUUCAUAGAAGAGCAUGUAGAAGAUCCCAAAUCGUAUGGAAUAUACAUUGUUGAUCGUCGUUUUCAAAGCUGUGAAGACAGUGUUCAACAGUUAACCAAGUAUUUGGUUGAGUUCUGUCAAUAUUCUCGUCGUCAACGUAUUGUUUUAAGAAAUCGUACUGAGCGAUUAAGUGAACUGUUGGAUUGGAAAAAUCUUUCCUGUUACUAUCAACGUGCCAGAUUAAUGGCUUUAAAGAGAUUCUCUCCAGAACUAUUCACAUCUAACAAUAAUGAUGAUACUUUAUCGACUCAUAGUUUUCAUCUUAGUCGACCAUAUUCAGCACCUGUAUCUCCAUCAUUAUCAGGACAAUCAACACCGUUGCGAAGUGCCGGUGCAAAUAGUUCAAAUCGUAGCAGUCCUACAUCACAUUUAGAUGAUGAUGAAGUUGAUGAUGACACAGAACGAUUAGAACUAGGUCUUGGUGCAGUAGAAAUCAAUGAUCCUGUACCUGGUUGAAGUACGAAAGCAAAAAAAACCCUAUCAAUAUUGAAGUGUAAAAUUAGAAUGUGACUAGUUUAUUUUCUUUCUUUAUUUCUUCUCUUCUCAUUAUUUACCAUUUAUUUUAUUUCUUUUUGUUCAUUUGUAAUUCAUUUAGAUCUUUGUUUUAAUGUGCAUAUUUUAUCAAUCUUAUAAUAUUGUUAUCAUCCUCUAUUGAUAAUAGUUUACACUGUACUAAUUUUCUACACUUCAUCAAUGAAUAUCAUUUGGACAUUUUGUAAAGUCAGAAUUUCUGAUCUCAUUUCACAUGUGUCAAUAAGAUUUAGAAUGAUAGAAAAUAUGAAUUUCAUCCAUUUUA